AAAUUUCCUUACUUUUAUCAUUGAAGAAGCAAAAUUGGGGGUCAUCAAGUUCGGAUGUGGAAGCUUUCUGUCAUCAUGGAUAUCAAAGGCCAGAAUUUUCUUCAAAGUUUCUUGGUGUUUAAAAAAAGCAAGGAUGAAGAUAUGAACUUGUUAUGAUACCGUUGGAUGGCGUUUUGCAAAGACACUCUAGAGAUUUAUAUGCUUCAUUUAUACCUUUUUAAAGUUGGACUCAACAACUGCGGAGAUAUUCGGAAAGUUGCAUUGCAAUUUUCCCAUUGCGUUUUCAGUGAUGCCCUUUUAGAAAAGGUUCAUGUUUAGAUCGUCGUCCAUCGGUUGGACUAGGCCUUGAGGCGAUUAGCUGUCGAAUGCUGCUCCGCAGAAAUUAAAUGGGUAAACCUUUUAUGUCAAGGCUGAAGGGGAUCCUACCAAGCAUUAUCCUGUUUGUUAUUGUUCUUGUCUAUUUGACAGGCUACAUAACCUUCAGGGCCACUUUGCCCCACCCUUCGCCAAGUAUUGCUUUGCCGUCUGAUCUUGUUCAACUUCAGAAGAGCCACUUUAAAUUUCUGAAUGAUUGGAGCAGUGAGAACGAGGCUAGGUAUAACUGGCAAAGCCUCCUGUUGCCGUGCGAACGUGAGACGGUAUGGCAGAAAACAAAAGAAUGGUGGAAGAAAAAAAACAGGACUGAUCCACUGAAAAGUUUUGUUUCUUUGUGGGAAAUUCAUCCAGCUGGUCAGUUUAGUAGAUUUUUCAUACAAUCGCAAAAUUCACAGGGAGAAUUGAAAGGUCGUGGUGGUGAUGGAUGGCGGGCUCAUAUUUGCGGGCCAGCCUGUUUAAACCCCUCGAUUAGAGAUUUUGGCAAUGGUACCUAUGAGAUUAAGUUUCUUGCUCUAGAAAGUGGGAAAUAUAGAGCAAAGAUAUAUCUUGAUUACACUCUAUGUGAUGGUUUGAAAGAUCCUCCAGAAGACUGGUUCAUAAAAGGUAACGCUCAGGGCAAAGACCAAAUCCACGGGAUUCUUGGUAACGACAUUCCGUACGUAAAUAAACCGUUAUGGAAUGGAGAACCUCUGGAGUUCAUUGUACCGGAAGCUGAAGAUACAGAUGAAGACAUUCAUCACAACCUUGAUGCUGCAUGUCAGCUGACGCAGAGCAGAGGAUGUCCGUUGAUUUGGAAUGGACUUGGAAGAUGGGUAAAUUUCACGUGGACACCAUUCUGUAACGGAACAGCCUAUCAUCGCCAGCGACACAAGCAACAAGGCUACCUCUGGAUUUAUGGAGAUUCCACAGCCACGCGAUUCCAUUGGUCAAUCCAUGGCAAACCUUUGUGUUACACUAUUUUCAAAAGAUGUUUCUACAGUUAUAACUGGGUGUAUCAGAUCGACAAUUACAAUCUAACCUUGGAUCAGUUCAUCCGAAGGAAUCCGAAUCGAACGUUUCUGAAGCAAGAUGACAAUAAAGAUUUCGAUCCAGAUCGAAUUAUUUAUGAACUGAAGCAAGUUCUGCUGAACCCAAAAAUGGAUGAACACAGCGUUGUGCUAUUGAAUUACGGCUUGCACUUUGCAGAAGCAUUGAAUUUCUCAAAUUUCAGGAUGCUUAUUGACAAAGUAGCUGCCCAUUUAAAAAACAAGGCUGCGUUCAAGCCACUUGUAAUCUGGCGAACUACUACUGCAUUAAAUAGACACAAGUAUUCUGUCCCAUAUCUUCAUUCGAGAAGAUUCUUGACGCCUCAGCGAGUUGCUCUUUUCAAUGCUUAUGCAAAUUGGGCGAUGUGUGCAGCUGGAAUCCCUGUUCUAGACGUUUACCCGCUUACUAAUUCCUACCCGAAUGGCACAGGCAAUUCAAUUCAACCUUACGAUCCAGUUCAUUAUGAACACAAUGUCUUGUAUCCUGUUGAGGAAUUGCUGGCAAAUAUAUUCACAUAGAUUUGAAGGUAAAGGCUGGUGAACGUGCAAUGGAUAUAAACGGUAUGAAGAGGCUUUAACACCGGAACCAUGAUAAAGACCCUACUGGUAAAGGCCUAAAAGUUUUUAAAACUUUUUAAGAUAACAGGAUAAGAGAAUUGCUGAUAUUGAAAGUAAAUUCUUCCAAAAACUCUACUAAAAGUGUCAAAUGCUAAUGAUUCUGAUUUCUGACACCCCUUGCUUGAAAUGCUUUUCUAUAGCCUUAUGUUCCACAGCAAUGAAUUUCCGCGCUUUUGUUAAACUAACAGUAAAAAAAGUAUCAUUACGAUGUCCUGUGACUGUAACUUUUUUCAAUUCUGGCUGCUUAUUAUAAUGGAAUACUUUACUGGUUAGUCAUCUCAGUCCCUUGGGUAAGAUCUACUUUUUUCGUUGUUUUUUGCUUGCUUCUCUUCAAUUUUAAUUGACUGAGGAACAUAGAAAUAAAAAGCCAAGAAAUUAAAUAUCGUUGUUGAAACUGAAAGGAAGUCAUUUCAUCAAAACUUCUACGUUUAUAUUUUCGUUAUGAUAAAGCUGCCUAGACUUUGCAUCAAACUAUAAAUUUUAAAUAUAAGUUAUUAGCUCCACAUCAAUAAUUAAGAAUAUAUCCUUCAGCUGCGUUUGGAAUGAUAGCCUUAACUUUUUGGAAAUAUAAACAUUUAGAGGCCCUUCUUGAAGUGACCUCUCCAAUGACUGAGGCCAAAUACAAGCAUUAUUAUUAUCAUUAGUAUUUAGGGACUUCAGAAGCAAGUCAAAGGUUGAGUAGUCUACGGCGUAGGCUAAAGUGGAGAGGCACAGGCGAGAAGGGGAAAUUUUUUCAGCUCAGUGAACGGUUUUUCCAAAAUUUUCAAACAGUUGGCUUCUUUAGAAGGGGACAAUUUUAUAAAAGUUGGAGCACGUUGCACGUGCCUCUGGUGCCCUACCUUCCAUUUUAAAGAUCCUGAAGGUGUCUCAAAUUUUAUUUGUAUCUUAUGUGAGAUAUUCCCCUCCAUUCUCAGCUAAUUUCUCGGGAAUAAAACAAGGCAAGGUUCUUAUAUUCCCAUCUCUAGAUUUUCAUACCAACGUCAGCCCCUCUGCAGGAAAAAAGGGGGCGAUAUGGCCCCCAAUAUUGUCUUAAUGGCAAACUCAUUCCUUUUUUGUUUGAAAAACAUCUUGGCUCUCCAAUCAAGAAUGCUAACUAUGUGCCUUGGCUUUUUGACGAAUAAACUAAAAUGUCGUAAAUUUUAAAGGUUAGAAAUGGACUGCAGAGCCUACUUGCUGACACGAUUGCAAACGUAAAGAACUGUUUGGAGAUUUUGUCAAAGUGGUAUUCCAAACAGUUCUUAUGAGUUCAGCAAUUAUCGUUUCCCUAAAGAAGGCAACUUGAGUCGAUUAUCGAUCCCAGGAUUAUUGGCCCAGAAAUGAGGCUUUGUAACCUCAGAUUCGUGACCAUGAUACCUUGUCCAAAAACAAGUUGGCUAUCUACGACGCAUCUAAAUCAGAUUGAAACAUUUAACGAGGUGAAAAUAUUAACUAGUCCCUUGCCUUGGAAAAAGAACUAAAAGAGUUUGAAACAGAAAAGUCAUCAGUAUUUCGAUACAGGAAUCUGGAAUAUAAGAGGAUACAAAGGAAAAAAGAAGCUUCUUUAUAACUCUUGACACGGCAAGCAACGCAAAAAAAUAGAAAUAUCUAACUUAAAUAAGUUUACUUAAAUAAUAUUCUUUUUAAAGAAAGCAAUACCUCAUUUUAUCUUGUAUUCCCGCCCAAUUCAAAUUUGAAUACUUGUACUGUGCGAUUCAAAUAUUAAUCCCGCUUCUCUGAUAAUCCUGCAUUAAAUUGCGAUGUUUAAUCAAUAAAACGGAAGCGGGAAUACAAGAGAGAAUACUGUAUGUAUUUGUUUCAAUUAAAACCAUAGAGCCACAAUACUAUUCCCCUGACUUUCAUAACACAUCUAGGUAAUAGAUUCUACUGACAAAUGAUUUCAAUAACCUAAACGAAGUUGCAUGUAAUUUACGAAACCAAUCGUUUAUACAAAUAGACCAAACACUGUUCCUUACCGGCCAGAUACAAUAUCCUAUAGAUCAUGGUCGUGUAUGGAUGUAAUGAAUGGUGAAAUUCUUUACCAUAAGAUUUCCGGUGACAGAAAAUUAUAAAGGAUUCAAUAUGAGUCGACAGAAAACAAAAAUUAAACAAGUUGAUGUUACAUUCUCGUGUAGACUAUGCACUCCAUAUAUUCUUGUAAACAUCGCGUUGAUCUUUAUUUACGUUGUUUUUGUUACUAGUUGAUGACUACUACUAGAUUAUACUAGUUG